AUGCCCCAGGCUCUGGAGCAAGCCGAUGGCAGAUGGGCCUGGGUAGUGCUGCUGGCCUCCCUGGUGACCCAGGCCCUCACCGCGAGCUUCCCUUCCUGCAUCGGCGUCUUCUUCACUGAUCUACAGCACGACUUCCAGGCCACCAACAGCGAGACCUCAUGGUUUCCCUCUAUCAUGGUGGCCAUGCUCCACGGCGGGGGACCCCUGUGCAGCAUCCUCAUAAAACACUUCGGCUGCCGAGUGACCAUGAUGCUAGGAGGCUUGCUGGCCAGCCUGGGCAUGGUGGCCAGCUCCUUCUCCACCUCACUGGUCCAGCUCUUCCUCACUGCAGGAUUCAUCACGGGGCUGGGCAUGUGUUUCAGCUUCCAGUCAAGCAUCACCGUCCUGGGCUUGUACUUUGUCCGCUGUCGGCCACUAGCCAAUGCACUGGCCUCCAUAGGAAUCUCCAUGGGCGUCACUCUCUGGCCACUGCUGGCCCGGUAUCUUCUGGAAACCCUGGGCUGGAGAGGCGCCUUCCUCAUCUUCGGUGGCAUCUUCCUCCACUGCUGUGUAUGUGGGGCUAUCCUGAGGCCUGUUGCCACCAACGUGGUCCCUGAGCCCAAAGAAGAUCCCCCUCUGCCUCCCAAGACACCGACACCACGCAGCUGCCUGGCAACAUGUGUCUCAACCGUCCAGUACCACCUGGCCUUUGACAUCCUUCGGCACAACAUGGGCUUCUGCAUCUAUAUAACGGGCGUGGUGUGGAUGAUGCUGGGUUUCCCGCUGCCGCAUAUAUUCCUGGUGCCGUACGCUAUGCACCAAGGGGUGGAUGAGUAUUGGGCGGCCAUGCUCAUGUCGGUCAUCGGCUUCUGCAACAUCUUCUUGCGGCCAGUGGCAGGGCUGCUGGCCGGCAGGAAGAGCUUGGCUGCCUACCGGAUAUAUCUGUUUGCCGCUGCGAUCCUUGUCAACGGGCUCACCAAUCUAUUAUGCACCGUGUCCGCAGACUUCUCGGUGUUCCUAAGCUAUUGUCUGGUGUACAGCGUGUCCAUGUGUGGCGUCGGGAUCCUCUUCUUCCAGGUCCUCAUGGACAUUGUCCCGAUGGAUCGGUUCCCCAGCGCCCUGGGCCUCUUGACUGUCCUCUGCGGUGUGGCUUCUCUCGUCUCUCCACCACUGGCUGGACUCCUGCUGGACGCGACCAACAACUUCAACUACAUUUUCUACGUGUCAAGCUUCUUGCUCAUCUCAGCCUCCCUCUUCAUAGGCGGGGGCUUCUAUGCCGUGGAUAAGAAGAAGCUGAGGCAAAAUGGGCAAGUCAAGGUGGAAGGCGCUGUCUCGGAGGUCACCCCGAUGCAGGACCUUACCUCGGAAGACAAGGCCAGCACCAAGAAGCAGCUGUGCCCUGAAAAAAUAUAUGUGAGCAGUGUCUGAACUCCAGAGGUCGCAUGCAACCUGCCUCCGAGCUCGGAAGUCCCUGAGGGACCGUCCUUCCAGAAAGCAGAGUGUAGAAAUAGGGCCUCCGUGGCCUUCUUCCUUGGGGCCCAGGAAAGUGGGUCUGAGCCCCGCUCACGAAGCAGCCAUGGCUAGCUGCCCUGGGCUGGCUUCUCACAGCUGCGCCUACAACACAACUCUCUGUGUUUUCCCACCCAACCUUCCCAUGUCGGUUGUCCUUCUUGGCCUCCAGACAAUUCUGAAGAACUCCCUCCUCAGAUAAUCAGCCCCAACCCCCUAGGUCAGGAGGAUUAAGGGGGCUGCUUCUGAAGGGACCCUCACGCUGAUGGAGCCAUAGGAGAGGAAGAGCAGAGGCCAGGAUAAGUCGUUGGCCUCAGUACAGGAUAGGGACAGAUUGACUGUUCGGUAGAGCUCAGGUCCUGACACCUAUGCAGAGAGCUGUCCCGGAGGGGGUCCUCCUGCUUGGGUCUCAGAGUUUAUGAAGUCUGAGGAGUCUUCUACUGUCCGCCAAGCAGGGCCUGAGGCAUCAUCUUCUCUUUUACCCCACUUUAUGUCCACGUAAGGGAAGGCAGACGCUGACGGACCCAGAGACCGGAAGGCCGGCCAGGCAGCCUAAGGGACACUAUGAAAACUGAACUUGUAUAUGCAAACGGUAGCCUGUGCUCUGCUCUUGGACUUCUGAGGUUCCCCUUUCUCCAGGAGGCCAUCGAUAGAGUGAGGCAUUAACCCUGAGGCAACAGCUGCUGCUACCCUGAACUCAUGGCCUGGAGCUAUGCCCAUGUGUACACACUUCUGCUGCUGCCCUCUGAGGUCAUUACCCGGGGCUAGCUGUCAUCAGCCCAGGCUUUCACAGCAGGGCACUCUUGGGAAUGGGAAAACAGACUGUUUGAAUUAUAGACAAAAACAUUCCCUGAAGCGGGUCAUAAACCCUGGGCUAACAAAGCAGGAAAAACAGCCUGAGUAAAAUUUCCUCCGCUCUCCCAA